CUGUACGAUCGGUCCCGCAAGCUGGUCUGAAGAAGGCAUUGGGAAACUUAUAGACUCUGGUAUGAAUGUUGCGCGUUUCAACUUCAGUCACGGGAGUCACGAAGAGCACAAACGGAGCUUAGAUCGCCUUCGGAAAGUAGCGGCAUCAAAGUCAAGUAAUAUUGCUGGUGAGUUUGUGCUGCCGCCGCUAAUAUUGCUUUCGCUAUCCUUUCUGUUUUUUCCUCUUUUUCUGAAUUCAUGUAUCUCUGCUCACACAUACCGUACAUACCGUGAUAUCGGGUCUAACCUACAAACUAUCACAUGUUUUUGUUUUUCAAAGUCCUCUUGGAUACCAAGGGUCCUGAGAUUCGAACUGGACUUUUUGAUAAGAGUGUACUGACGCAACUCGAAUUGAAAAGGGGUGAUGACUUUACUCUGAUAGGCGACUAUUCGUACAAGGCGAACUGCUCAAAGAAACUAGGUUGUUCCUACGAGCAAAUUGCAGAGAGUGUAAAACCAGGACAGCAAAUUUUGGUUGCAGACGGAGCGUUAGUUCUGACCGUCGUCUCUUCCGAUGUACCAAACAAAGAGGUCACCUGCAGGGUGGAAAACAACGCUUCCAUUGGAGAACGCAAAAAUAUAUGUCUUCCAGGUAUCAGGGUCGAUCUCCCAACCUUUUCCGAAAAGGAUGUAGACGAUGUUGUCAACUUCGGCAUUAAGAAUGGCGUGGAUUGCAUCGCUGCCUCUUUCAUUCGUACCGGCCAGGAUGUUCUUAAUCUUCGAAAGCUUCUCGCCGAUAACGGUGGGGAGGCAAUAAAAAUCAUUUCCAAAAUCGGAAAUCAGGAAGGGAUGGAACAUUUCGACAAAAUCCUUGAGGAAACGGAUGGAAUUAUGAUUGCUCGAGGCGUUGUAAGUACCAGAAAAUUAGGAAGAAUAAUUCCUUUGACUGUAUGUUAGAGAGAUCCUAAAUGAAUAUUUCGUAUUUUCAUGCAUGAAAAUCAGCAUCGAGAAUUGGAUACAAAGCUCAUUUUGUUUGUUUCCUACACUAAUCAUCCUUUUGAAAAUUAUCAAACCACCAUCAAUUCACCAAUUACAACUGAUUCAAAACCUCACUUAUUCACCCAUUUGCUUUUAACGUUUGACAUGUAAUUUUGAUCCGAAGCUUGGAAUGGAUAUCGCGCCGGCCAAAGUAAGAGAAGAGAAACCAACAUAAAUUGAUUUUUCUUUAUUUUUUCGCUAAAACUAAUAUU